AGCGAUGGCGGCGACGAGAACGUCGUGCAAGAGGUCGAGUCCCUAUGCAUGAAAUGCGGGGAACAGGGCACCACGCGUCUCCUUCUCACAUCCAUUCCAUUUUUCCGCGAAGUUAUCGUAAUGUCCUUCCGUUGCGAGCAUUGCGGCGCGACAAACAACGAGAUACAAUCCGCUAGUACCAUCAGACCGGAGGGCACUCUCUAUACUGUCAAGAUCCUGGCUCGCUCCGAUCUAAAUCGCCAAAUUAUACGAUCAUCUUCAUGUGAAAUCGUCGUACCAGAACUGGAGCUCACCCUCCCCCGUACCGAACGUGGUCAACUUACGACGGUGGAAGGCCUCCUUCGCGACAUUGUUGCAGACCUAAGCCUCGAUCAGCCCUUGAGGCGGAUACAAGACGAAGAUGGAUACCACAAGAUCCAAUCUUUAAUCGACAACAUGAGGGAGAUCCUCGGAGAUGACAAGGACGAAGAAUUUCAAGCCGGAACAGCUGCUGAAAAAGGAUCUCUUCCCAUGCCCGCAUUUACAGUCAAGCUGGACGACCCAGCAGGCAAUAGCUUCAUCGAAUUUAUUGGGAGUAUGGCCGAUCCCAAGUGGAAUCUAAGAACCUAUCCUAGAACCCUGCAGCAAAAUAUUGCCUUGGGCCUCGUGGCAGCUGAUGAUGCGACGCAGACCACGGACGAAGAAGCUACUAAAACGAUUGAAAACCAAGAGAUAACGAAUGACGAAAUUCUGGUCUUCCCCGGUGUAUGUUCUAGCUGUGGCCAUGCGCUGCAAACUCUCAUGAAGCGGGUCAAUAUCCCUUAUUUCAAGGACAUUUUGAUCAUGUCUACGAACUGCGACAACUGUGGGUAUCGAGAUAACGAGGUCAAGUCCGGAUCAGCAAUCUCGGAAAAAGGGAAACGGAUCACCUUGAAGGUGGAAGAUCGAGAGGAUCUGAGUCGUGAUAUUUUGAAGAGCGAAACCGCUGGCAUGACAAUCCCAGAGAUCGAUCUCGUUUUAAAUCACGGAACUCUCGGUGGCCGAUUCACCACCCUGGAAGGUAUUCUCGACCAAAUCUACGAGGAGCUUUCCGAGAAAGUUUUCGCGUCUGGAGACUCCUCAAUAGUUGAGGAUAGAAACGCCUUUGAAAAGUUCCUGACGGGUCUCAAAGCUGCAAGUAUCAAAGCUGCUCAGCGACCUUUCACAAUCAUCCUCGACGACCCAUUGGCCAACUCGUACAUUCAGAGCCUUUACGCGCCAGACCCAGAUCCAAACAUGACCACGGAGACUUACGAGAGGACUUUUGAGCAAAAUGAAGAACUGGGUUUGAAUGAUAUCAAAGUUGAGGGAUACGAAGAGGAC